UCGUCACCGAUUUUCGCGCGGUGGCGGUGUCGCCUGCUCGAGAAUCAGAUUACAUUUCUACUAUUAAAUCGAACAGCAGAACUCACGUUGUCAUUUUUCUCUUUGUGUACAAACUCGUGUCAACAACAAAUACAGUUAUUCAUCAAUUUCAUUUGUUGGGCAUACUAGUAUUAGAAAAACAAUGACUUACACAAUACCAGAAUCUACGCUGAUUGCUCAAGGGGCAGAAGCAAGACUUUAUAAAGGAACUUACCUUGGCAAAUCUGUAUUAAUAAAAGAGAGAUUUGAAAAAAAAUACAGACAUCCAACUUUAGAUACCAGACUAACUAAAGAAAGAAUCAAGGCAGAGGCUCGAGCUCUUGUAAAAGCAAAAUCUGCAGGUGUUGCUACACCAACUAUUUAUUUAGUUGAUUAUAAUCGCAGAAGUAUUUUUAUGGAAUAUAUUGAAAAUUCUACCACAUUGAAAGCUUUCAUUGAUGAACAUAUUUCUAAAAAAAAUGAUGUAAAGGAUUUGAUAGAAAAUAUUGCAAGUGCAUUAGGAAAAGUGGUGGCUCAAUUACAUGCAGUAUGUAUUGUUCAUGGAGAUUUAACAACAUCCAAUAUUCUAUUGAAAGAUUCACACAAAUUAUUAACAUCUCAACCCUUUAGUGAUGUUUCAGAUCAAUUUAUUGCUAUAGAUUUUGGUUUAGCCAAAACUGAGUCUACUUCAGAAGAUGCUGCUGUUGAUUUAUAUGUUUUGGAAAGAUCAUUGAGCAGUGCUCAUGCAGAAUUACCAGAUUUAUUCAAGAUUAUAUAUCGUAGUUAUCAAAAACAAUUUAAAAAUAAUUCCCGUUUAAAAGAAAUUAUAGCCAAGUAUGAAGAUGUGAAAGCUAGAGGUAGGAAGCGAACAAUGGUGGGCUAGUAAUUUUAUACAAGUUU